AUCAACAUAGAUUUACCAUUUCAAGGAAUAAGUAAUCAAUACCCGUUGAUCUAUCAUUCUAACUAGUUUCACUUUCUGUAUUAUAUUCCACUACAUUAAAUUAUAAUCAUGUCAGCAAAUGACAUUUUGGAUGUGUUGAACAUCAGCAGGGACGAACCACCCAAGAAGAAACAACGUAAUGAAUCCACACCACAGACCCAGCAGCCACAACUCACAGGGAUGGCUCGUGAGUUGUACAAUUUAAUCGGACCCAACACUCCUCCCCUUCAACUAAGCUCUAACAACUACACCAAGACUUCCAUUAAGGACAAGAUAAACUUCAAGCCGUCACCAUGGACCAAGAUGGAGUUCAACCCUAAGAAACGAGCUAGAGAGGAAGAUGGGUUGAAAUUAUACCAUUGGACAAAGGGAUCCAAAGAGUUUCUUGAACUGGCUGAAGAAGUCAACAAGCCGUACUUCUUUGAAAAGUUCAAUGUCAAUUUGAGUAUUCCUGAAUUGGUUGAUGAGGAAACCUAUGACAAGUUCAUGGAAGAAAUUCAAGAGCAUGAAAGAAAGGAAAAGGAGAGAAAAUUGUUGGAAUUGAAAGAGCGAGAACGUGAACGACAAGAAAAGGAGAAAGAGAAAGAGAAGGAAAGACAAAAGGCCGAGGCUAAGAAGGAAGAAGCUAGAAAGAAGCAAGAGGCAAAGGAGAAAGAGGAUCAGAAAAAGAAAGACGACAAGGAUAAACCAGAGGUUGUAGAUAUCAAAAAAGAAGACGAUAAGCCCGAGGAGAAAGAGAAAUCAGAUGAGAAAACUGAGGAGGAUAAAGCAGAUGAUCAAACAGAAGCUCGUGAGAAAUCUGCUUCCAAAGAACAAGAAGCCAAACAGGAUGAACCAAUUGAGGAUGAAGAAUUGGAAUGGACAUACGAAGAAACAAACUACUUGUUUGAAUUGUGUAAAGCAUUUGAACUUAAAUGGCCCAUAAUUUAUGACAGAUACAAUUACAACAAUGUUCGUACAUGUGAAGACUUGAAAGAACACUUCUAUCGUCUUUGCAUCAAGAUUUUACAAUCCAAACGUGACUCCUCGCAAAGUUCAUUAAUAGAAUCCCUCAAGGCUUAUUCCAAGCCUCGAGAAAUUGAACGUAAACAAUACUUGGAGAACUUGUUGAAACGUACCCCAGCCGAAAUCGCCGAAGAAGAAUCAUUAGUUAUUGAAGCAAGGAGAUUCGAAUUGGCAGCCAAGAAGAUGUUGAUUGAACGUUCCAAUUUGUUAACCCUCUUGGAUUCUCCUCAAUCCACGCAAAACUCGUCACAAUAUCAAUCUUCACAAGGAUUGGCUAACUUGUAUAACAACUUGAUGAUUUUUGAUAAACACCAAAAGAAAAAACAAGCCCAACAACUUCAAUUACAACAACAAAAGGCCAGCGAACCUAUUCCUCCACCUAUUCCCAUGGCGGCAUCGUCUUCAUUCAAGAAGGAUAAGGUGUUUCAAACUCACUUACAACAGUACUUGUCCAGUUUAUUGAAACAAAAUGUUCACACUAACCCGGCAAUUAAGCAAGAAGCAAGUGCGAUUCAGCAAAUGUUAUCCAAGAGAUUGACCCAAAAGGAAGAAGAGGCAUACGGGUUGCACUAUCACGGCAAUGAGAAAUUAACUCCUGGUGUGGUGUUAAGAUCUACACAAAAAUUACCAAGUUUGAACCAAAAGCAAUCAACGUUGAAAUCAGUCAAUCAAGUGUUACAGGAAUUGGAUAUCCCCACCGGUGGAGGCACUGCUUGGAAGCCAGUAAUGCCUACACGAAAGACCAUGUCUCGCUACGACGAAUUAAUAAGGACAGUGGUUGCUUUAUUAGAAGUCAAGAAGGCUAAAGAUAAAUUAGAAUCGGAAAUAAACUUGAUCAAGAGUCAACGAGGGAUGCUUUAAAACGUAUAUUCAUAAUCGGGUAACCUAACGUUUUCCGGGGUUAUAUUUAUCAUCAUUAUUUCAUGUAAUUCAGCAUAGAAACGAGAUUCAACUUCGACUAUUGUUUCUUCAUGGAUAUGAUUCAGAUGAUGCAGGACAGGGUCUUGUCCAUUGGCAAUUUCGUAGUAUGUAUAGUGUGAAUAGAAGUUAACCACUUGCUCACCACCUUGAUUUAUUUGUAGAUAUGUCUGAGUAAUUUCUCGUAAAAUUUGCAUGUCUUUAUAUCCUUCAAAGAUGAGAAAGCAAUGCCUAAGUAUUGCUAGUAUUAAUCGGUUGCUUUCAAUAAUAAACCAUGUAAUUUCAUUAUCAUCAACCCUGACAUUCUUGAUACUGCCAAUCAUAAGCAAGAACAGUUUAAAGCUACUGUUGCGAGUAUCAAACUUUAACAAUCUCACAUUGGUGUCAAAAUACUUUAACAAUUCAUACACCAACUUCCAUUUGUCAUACUGCCUAGCUGAUAUAGCCUCAAGGUACACGCUCAUUAGAUGAUACAAUACAUCCACCCCACCCAUGACAAAUUUGUCCAAUAUUUCUAGAACGUCUCUGCCGAAAUGUACCGCAUUCACAAAGUCAAUAUGAAACAUACGUAACUUGUCCAAUAUUGGCAUCUUGUGGAUUUUGAAUUGACUCAAUUCCAAUUGCAGAAUACCUAAUUUGCUAGAUAGAGAAGACAACAGUUUUCCCGUGGCAUCGUCAAUGAAAUCUUGACACUGAAUCUGGAUGCAUUUGACCACCCGAACGCAAAACUCCUUGUACCAAUUACAUGAAUAGUACUUGUCAAGCUCAGAGUUGACCACCUUUUGAAUUUCGUUCACAUACCUCAACUUUUCCAGACUCUUCAUUCUUGACUUGGACAAGUUGUCAAUGAUGUUGUUCACAAUUAUAUGCCGUGAAUGCUGGAUCAAAUAUCGUACAUCGAUUUCAUUCAGCAAGGCAAAAAGCCCCCACUUUUCCCGUUCAAGCACCUUCAAUAUCGAACUCAAGUAUUUCGAAGGAUUAUACAACAUUAAUUCCCGUAUAACGCAACGACCGACUAAUUCUUGACAUCCUUUGAGAUUGUGAUACUGCAACACAUUGAAGUAGAAGUAAAUCAGGAACUUCUCCCUCAGGGCAUGGUUACCAGUGUAUGGAAAUGUCUGAAGCACCAAUUUUUCCCAAUUUGUACCGGGAAGUAAUGCAGAGAACUUGAUCCAGUUAGCAAUGCACGAUUCGAUUAGUGUACAGACCCUGGUCUCCUCUUGGAGACUAGGAAGUGGGAUUCGCCCCAUUUGUCGGUGCAAUACUCGUUCAAGCAAGUCAACCAAUCCUUGAAUAACCUUGCAAGUUUGAGAAACUGGCGUUGAUACAGGACAUAUAUGGGCAAACAUCUCGAGAAGAUCUUGCCAUAUAAGGUCGGGCAUAUCAAUAUGCAAUCCCUUGG